AUGGCAACUCACUCCGCAACGAGAGCCCAGCAACAAAGGCUCAUCCCUGUAUGUUGUCAGUGUAUGCCCAGUGAGUCCUCGCAGCAAGAAAUCAUGCCUCCAAAGAAAAAAACAAAAAAGACCACAAAGAAGAAUCCAGAAAAAAGUGAAAAUGACUUGGAGGCAAAGUAUAGGCGCAGUGUGCUGGAUAUAGCCAUCCUACAAGAUCACAUCGCCUUCCAGCGUGAGUCAGUAAUAAACGUCCAGUCUGAUAGAGCUGCCUUAAGGAGACACAUGAGAGACGUGGAGCAGAAGCUGCAGCACGAGAGACAAGACCACAGGGACAUCAACUCUGACCUCAGUCGCCAGUACAAAACCAUGCAGAUGGAGCUGACCAACAGGGUGAAGAGGCUGGAGAAGGAGGUCAGCCAGCUGAAGGAGGAACUUGUCCUGUGUCAGGAGGAACUGGGGAGAGAGAAAAGACAGCGUGAGCAGGUGGAGCAGGAGAAGGACGUCACCAUAGCUGACCUCCAACACAAGCUGGACAACAUGGAAACCAACUACGAGAAGAUCCUCCACGAGACUCUGGACGGCCUGACCUCCCAGCUGUGUGUGGCUCGACAGAGAUGGCAGGACAAGAGCACAACCCUUCACCAAAAUUACAAGGAGCUGCUCUCUGAAUUUGGCCUGAAUACGCUGGAUGUCUAA